AUUAGGGCUUGGCUAUGGUGUGAGAAGACGAUGAGGCUAUGCGUGGUUGGCGGCAUUGGCCAGGUGAGUGUCCCGGGGCACUGCAAUGUGGGAAUCUGCUGCAAGGGAUUCGCGAAUGGCUGCUCGUUCCGGAGCAUCUGCAAUCGCUUGGAACAGCGCUAAUCUACAUCCAGAUUGGGUGCGCAUUGCUCGGCUCGCUAAGCAAGCUCUACACUGGAGUUCCCGUGGCGGAAUUGGCCAUCGCCCUCUUCGCUCUCAUAGCCAUCGAGAGUGGAAUCCAAGUUUUGCUUCGAAUCUAUCUCGUCCUCAUGGGAUGCAACCUUCUCCUCGACGUUUCUUGGUUCGUCCUCGUCGCCAAUGAGCUCAGGAACAUUGCUCCUGGAAAGCUCUCGGCUAUGGCGCUGUAUAUAUUCCUGGGACUCCAAGCCACGAGCUCCAUUGCCCGCGUGAUCUCGGCAUUCAUCUGGUUUCCAUUGAUCCGGGAAGGCUUCUCGUCGUAUGAUGUUGCCUCGUAUCAGCCAGUUAACUUCGAUGCGCGCCUUGCCACCCUCGGCGAGGUCCCGGGAUCGGAGCCCUUCUGGCCGGAUGAGAGCCAAGCUUCGCAAAGCGAGACCCUGGCUGGAUCCAUCUAUGAUCCGGUUUACUUCUCGUCGUUGUUUGAGGAUACCAAGGAUGGCGAGCAUCAGAUUAUUUUGCAGCGCUGAAUGAUCCAUCUUGCAGAAAACAAUAUGCAUUUUUUGUGUAAAUUUACGAACAUUACAUUGUUGUAGCUCCCAUAAUUUUUUCAUAAUUUAAAAAAGUUAUGUACAUAUUC